CCGGAGAGUCAUUGAAGGUGGCGGAUGCCAGACGUGAGUUCCAGCGACGGUGAAGUUGCAGGAUGAAGGAGAAGAAGACGAGACGCUGACAGAGAGGACAGUGGCUACGCGGGAGGAGAUGUCCAAUGCUCGUCUUCCAAUCGCCCUACAGAGACAGCUGCGCACACCUGUUGAUACCGCUGAACCCGAUGCCGGGUACGAGGGAGUAACUAUCUCCCGUGGGAGUGCGAGGGUAAGAGGGAGACACACACCCACCCAGCCAAUUGUCCAACGCGAAGGCGAGGAGAGAUUACUGACGACUACGACAGAACGAACGACACAGCUACGAGAAGUGCCAGUACGAGGAGUUCAAGAAGCGAGUAGCGAAGAUGGACGAGCUGCGGGCGGCCAAGGGAGGUGCACGAAGCAACUAGACAGUCCAGCCCAGUCGAUGAGAUGAGCUGCGGUGGCUCUGUACGAUCAUAGGGAAAACGAGAUGCAGAAAGAAACAGAGAUGGAGAAUGUGGAAGCAGUGUGUACUCGAUGUCAUCUUUUUUUUUUUUUGUCCUUUUUCCUGGGAAUGCCGGCAUGAUAGACGCAGUUUCUCUCUAUCCAAUCUAUCAGAAAAUAUCAGAGAUAUCAAAAAAGACGUCCUCGAGAAGUCCAUAUCAAACCCGCCCAAGCAACCAUCCACACCGGCCCUGGAGACGCACCACGCUCAGAAGCAAAAGAAGCAGAACAAGACCAUGCAAGAUAAGCUAAAUAAAGCACGGCUGAGGAGAUGCUGAUAAAU